AUGUCUCCAGACCGGGGCGAAACCCGCUCCUCGCCCACCUACUCACGCCUCUCCACCUCCGACGACAACGAGCCCGCCGACCACUUCGAACCCGCCGACGACCAUGACCCUCCCACCGAGACUCCGCGCGAACUCUACACUCGCCGCAGCGAAGCCCGCCGCUACCUCGCCUCCCGCGCCUCAGAGCCCCAGAACUUCACCCUCCGCGGCGUGCUCGUCGGCCUAGCCAUCGGCGUGGUAAUCUGCUUCUCGAACAUGUAUUUCGGCCUCCAAACCGGCUGGGUCAGCAGCAUGUCGAUGCCAUCCGCACUGAUCGGCUUUGCGUACUUCAAGACCGUCUCGCGCCUCAUCGCCUUCCCGUUCACGCCGGUCGAGAACGUGCUGGUGCAGAGUGUAGCCGGCUCUGUCGGGACGAUGCCGCUGGGGUGCGGGUUCGUGGGUGUGAUUCCCGCGUUGGAUUAUUUGCUUAGGCCUGAGGAGGGGGGGCCGUUGAGGCUGAGUACGUGGAUGUUGGUGGUCUGGGCGGUCGGGAUUGCGUUUUUUGGGGUCGUGUUUGCGGUACCGUUGAGGAGGGAGGUGAUUAUUAGGGAGAAGUUGAAGUUCCCAAGCGGCACGGCGACGGCGUUGAUGAUUGGAGUUUUGCAUGGGGAUAAGGAAAAGGCGGGGCUGGUGAGAAAUGACCAGGGAGAGAGUGCGCUGCAGGAGGAAGGGGAGGAGAGCGAGGCGUUGAUUCAGCAGACACCGGCAGGAGGUGGAGUCCGCGACGAGGUGCCUCCGCAGACCUACCCUGAGACGCAGGACGGGGAAGAGCAUGGAUACGGACUCGACGAAAGGAGCGACUGGAAAGCUAAGAUACGGUUGCUCAUUAUCUCCUUUGUUGUAUCUGCUGUCUAUACUCUGUUCUCCUACUUUGUCCCUCAAAUUCGCGGUGUACCCGUAUUCGGCCUCUCACUGGCCCGCGACUGGCUCUGGACACUGAAUCCGUCACCAGCAUACGUUGGCCAAGGCAUCAUCAUGGGACCGGAGACGACUCUUCACAUGCUUCUUGGAGCUAUCCUAGGCUGGGGUAUCCUCUCACCCUUGGCUAAGAGUAAAGGGUGGGCGCCUGGCCCUGUCAGCGACUGGACCACUGGCAGCAAAGGCUGGAUCGUCUGGGUCAGUCUCGCGAUCAUGCUCGCUGACUCCCUUGUAAGUUUGGGCUGGCUGAUACUUCGACCGCUCAUCUACUACGGUCGUAUCUGGCUGCCAAGGAUCCGCGACCAUGUCCAAGAGUACGGCUGGAAGGACAUCUUCUCUGUAUAUCAUCGCCACUCGGUGAAAGGCUACUCCCCCGUCUCGUCAUCCUCUACCCUUCUGGUCCCUCAAUCUAAUCCUGACACGAGUACGACUCUCAAGAAGGUAUCCUCCGGCCCCGCUGACCCACCAGAUAUCGACGCCCCGCCAGAACAUCUCAUCUCCACACGCACCACUCUAAUCGGCCUCGUCCUCUCUAUCGCCCUCGCCAUCGGCGCCGUCCACUGGGUCUUCACAGACCUAAUCCCCAUCCACCUAACCCUCUUCGCACUGGUCCUCGCGCUCCUCCUUUCCAUAAUGGGCGUCCGUGCGCUGGGCGAAACAGACCUCAACCCUGUCUCUGGCAUCUCAAAGCUAACCCAACUCCUCUUCGCCUUCGUAACCCCGGCCUCAAACAAAAACGCCGUCAUUAUCAACCUCCUCGCCGGCGCGAUUAGUGAGAGCGGCGCCCUACAGGCCGGGGACCUGAUGCAGGAUCUCAAGACGGGGCAUCUGCUGGGCGCGGCGCCGAAUGCGCAGUUCUGGGGCCAGAUUAUUGGAUCGGCGGUUGGGGCUGUGCUGAGCGCGGUCGUGUAUAGGCUGUACACGAGGGUGUAUGAGGUUCCGGGGGACCUGUUUCAGGUUCCGACGGCGUAUGUGUGGGUUUUUACGGCCAGGUUGGUUACGGGGCAGGGACUGCCGCCUAUGGUGGGCAGGUGGGCGGCGGGUGCGGGAUUGGUGUUUGCGGUGGGAACGGCGUUGAGGACGGCGGGGAAUAUCAAGCAGAGGAAGGGGAGGUGGAGGAUUGUUGGAUACAUACCCGGGGGGAUUGCGGUUGCUGUUGGAAUGUACAACGUCCCAUCCUUUACGCUUGCGCGGACUAUUGGUGGCCUGCUGAACUGGUAUUGGAGAUCGUAUCGGAAGCAGCCCGAGACGCCGGUCGUCGUACUUGCCAGCGGGCUUAUUCUUGGUGAAGGCGUUGUCAGUAUAGUCAACCUUCUGCUCGCGUCCUUGGAUGUACCGCAUCUCUAA